AUGGCAUUCGGAGGUGUUCUGAAUGAUGCUGAUAUCACUGCAGCCCUUGAGGCAUGUAAAGCCGCCGACAGCUUCAACCACAAGGCCUUCUUUGCCAAGGUUGGACUGACUGGCAAGUCCGCCGAUGACGUCAAGAAGGCCUUUGCCAUCAUUGACCAGGACAAGAGUGGCUUCAUUGAGGAAGAUGAGCUGAAACUGUUCCUGCAGAACUUCAAAGCUGGUGCCAGGGCACUCACUGACAAAGAGACCAAGACCUUCCUUAAGGCUGGAGACACUGAUGGUGAUGGCAAGAUUGGAGUUGAUGAGUUCGCUGCCCUGGUUAAGGCAUAAACAGCGAUAGACCAACACAUCUUGCUCUGAAGG